AUGGAGCUGACCCUGGUGCUCCUCUUUGGGGCGGUGGUGUCCGGGGCCCGGGGCCUGGAGCUCCGGGACCUGUUCCCGUUCGGAGAAGAAGCCGGAGACGCGACUCUGACCCCAGGGUCCGACUCCAGCGCAGAGCUCGGUCUGGAGCCGGAGCUUCGAUUCUUCAGUGAAGCUUUCGACAAAAUCCACAUCUCGUCCAAUGGGCUGGUGGCGGUGCAGCAGCCCCCUCCUCAGGCGGAGUAUCUGGGUCAGACUCCGCCCCCUUUUGGCCUGAUGGCGGCGCUCAUGGGGGAUCUGGACCGAGGCCUCGUCCACUUCAGAUUGGACAGGACUCCCGAGGUCCUGGACCGGUGCAAAGAUCUGGUCCAAAAGGCCUUCCCACAGAGACCGGCCCAGACACCAGAGGGCGCUGUGGUGGUCACCUGGGACAAGAUGGCGGCCGCGGGGAGCGACGGCGCAGAGAGGAACUCGUUCCAGUUGGUCCUCGUCCUCCUGAGGUCCUCGUCUGUUGCGGUGCUGCUUUAUCCUCGCUCUGGGCUGCAGUUCCUGUCCUCUCCUGCGGGGGGGGCCCCUCGGGCCCUGGAGGCGGGGUUUAGCGAGGGCCUGGUCUAUAAUUGGUGGUGGGGAAAAACUCAGGGGAAGCAGGAGUGGCUCAGCUCAGAGGGGGAGGAGUCUGUGCGGAGGCUCACACGUGGCUCAAAUUGCGGAGUGGGCGGAGUCUGGGUCUUUGAGGUCGGAGCCGUGAAGUUUUCCCAAAUUGAACCCGGGACCAUCACCACGUUUCCCGAAGACAUCACCACAAGCCCGCCCCCCGUCACCAUGUUACCACGGAGACCGGACCCCCGCGUCUCCACGGCAACAGAUGAGCCAAUGACCCCGGAAAAGGAGGAGCCAGAGAAUAUCUACGAGGAUGAGUACAGCAAUACCAUGAAUACUACAAGAGGAGGUAGUACCAGCAUCACGGAGGGACAGAGGAGGUCUACAGGAAAACAUGGACUGAACUACUCCACGGAAAGACCGGGGACCGGACCGGGGACCGGACCGGGGACCGGACCGGGGACCGGACCGGGGACCGGACCGGGGACCGGACCGGGGACCGGACCGGGGACCGGACCGGGGACCGGACCGGGGACCGGACCGGGGACCGGACCAGAUCCACGGUACUCAGCUCCAGAUCAUCCUCACAUUGUGGUGGUCGAUGAAGACGAGGAUUUGAACAUCAAUGUUUUCUCGUACAAUCUGGACACGUGUGCUCAGAAACGUGGCGGCUGCUCACCGUUCGCCGAGUGCAGAGACCACGCCUCCGGCUCCUGCUGCUACUGCCGUCACGGUUACUAUGGCAACGGGAAGGACUGCGUCGCAGAGGGUAAGCCUCAGAGGAUGAGUGGGCAGGUGUCUGGGCGUGUGUUCCUUGGUUCCUCUCCUGUUCCAGUGGAGUUUUCUCAGAAGGACCUUCACUCGUACGUGGUGACCAAUGACGGCAGAGCAUAUGUGGCCAUAAGCUCUGUGACCCCGCCCCUCGGCCCCGCCCUCCUGCCGCUGUCAUCUGUGGGCGGAGUCAUCGGAUGGGCGUUUGCUCUGGAGCAGCCGGGACAUCGCAACGGCUUCAGCAUCAUGGGGGGCGUGUUCUCGAGGCGUGCCCAGGUGCUCUUCUCCACAGGUGAGCGCCUCACGGUUCAGCAGGAGUUCAGAGGCAUCGACGAACACGAGCACCUGCAGGUCCACACCGAGCUGGAAGGAGCACUGCCCCCUGUGCCUCUGGGGGCGACAGUGCAAGUGAGCCCCUACAGCGAAGUGUACCACUACUACGACAACUUGAUCACGUCCUCCUCAAACAGAGAGUAUUCUGUGGUCGCCCCGUCCGGUGAAGUCCAGAACGUGAGCUACCAGUGGAGACAGACCAUCACCUACCAGAGCUGUGUCCACGCGCCGGGGACCAGACCGGGGACCGGACCGGGGACCGGACCAGGGACCGGACCAGGGACCGGACCAGGGACCCGACCCGACAUCCAGCAGCUCACCGUGGACCAGAUCUUUGUCAUGUACGACCAGGACAACAGCCUGAUCCGUUAUGCCAUGAGCAACCGGAUUGGCCCCGUGCACAGCUCCGCCCCUGAGUCAAACCCCUGCUUCUCUGGUGGACACGGCUGUGACAUAAACGCCGUGUGUCGCCCCCUGGAGGGUCAGAGCUUCACCUGCGUCUGCUCCUCAGGCUUCAGCGGAGACGGGAACCACUGUGAAGAUGUGGACGAGUGCCUGUCCCCGGGUCUCUGUGGUCCAAACUCAUUCUGUUCAAACACUGUGGGCUCCUACCGCUGUGUGUGUCCCCCAGGGUCCAGACUCAGUCCAGAGGGACAGUGCACAGACAUAGACGAGUGUGAGAGGGCGCCCUGUCACCAUGAGGCGUCCUGUUCAAACACUCAGGGCUCCUACCGCUGUGAGUGUAAACCCGGCUUCACCGGAGACGGACUCAGAUGUGAAAAGCAACAGCGUCCUCCGUCUCUCUGUGAGUUGGACCGGGCCCGGGCCUUGUCUCGGUCUUCGGGGGGACUGUGGUCCUGGUUUAGACCUCGGUCUUCGGUCUUCGUCCCUCGCUGUGACUCUGGGGGACACUUUGAGACGACGCAGUGCAGUGAGGAGCAGUGCUGGUGUGUGGACACAGAGGGCGCCGAGGUGCAGGGGUCAAGGGUCAGCGGCACCGACAGCCCCCCCCACUGUCUGGGCCCUGUGACUCCUUCUCCCUUUGGCCCCGCCCCCUCUCCAGGUGUUGGCCCCGUGACUCCGCCCCCCUUUGGCCCCGCCCCCUCUCCAGGUGUGGGCCACGUGGCUCCAGGGCGCCUCCUGCUGUUCGCUCAGAGCGGACGCAUCGAACAAGUCCCACUGAGCCAAACUGGACCAGACCAGACCAGACCACUCCUGCAUGUGCCAGACCGGGUGGUCAUUGCUGUGGCCUAUGACUGUGUGGAGGACUCUGUUUAUUGGACCGAGAUCUCGGGGCCCAGCAUCGGCCGAGCGUCACUGAGGGACACAGAGCGAGGCCCCCGGACCCUCGUCAGCUCAGACCUCCAAAGUCCUGAGGGUCUGGCCUUGGACCCGGUCUCUCGGCUUCUGUUUUGGACCGACUCAGGUCUGGACCUGGUGGAGGUCUCCAGACUCGAUGGGUCCCAGCGCAGAGUCCUGUUCAACACAGACCUGGAAAACCCGCGCGCCAUCGUCACAGACCCGGUCUACGGGAGGAUCUUCUGGUCGGACUGGAACAGGGACGGUCCAAAGAUCGAGAUGUCGAACAUGGACGGGUCGGACCGGGUCGUUCUGGUCCAGGAGGAUCUGGGUCUCCCCAACGGCUUGACCUACGACCCCCAGAGCACGCUGCUCUGCUGGGCCGACGCAGGCACCCGUAGAGUGGAGUGUAUGGACCCUCACCUGAGACAGAGGAGCACCGUCUCAGACCAUGUCCAGUAUCCGUUUGGUCUGGUGUCGGUGGGAAGGAGCCUGUACUACACCGACUGGAGGAGAGACGCUGUGGUGGGUCUAGACCGGUUCAGUCGAACUGAGACCCUGGUCAUCAGUCCCCAGAGAAAGUCCAGAGUCUACGGGAUCAGCACCACAGACUACUGCCCCCGAGUGUAUAAUUACUGUGAGCAGAACGGCGGUUGUUCUCAUCUGUGUUUGCCCAAACUCGGUGGAUUCUCGUGUCUCUGUCCAGACCGAAGAGACGGGACCUGCUACGAACCGGGUCAGAACUGGGUCUAAACCAGGACUAAACCGGGUCUGGACCAAGUUUGAAGCAGGGCUGAACCAAGAGUAGGACUAAACCAGGACUAGAACCUCUCAAACCAAAGAUGUUUUAUUUUAACAUGAACUUUUGUUUUAAAUUUUUUUUUUCACUUUUUUAAUUUGAAAUUCCAAACUCGUCCAUAAACGUCGGGUUUGGGAUUAAAUCUGGUUUUGCAU